AGCGCCCAAGCUUCGAGAACCUUGUACAGAAGUCACGGUGGAGCCUUGAUCUCGGCUCUCCGCCAACCAACCGUCGACGCUUGUAUCGCUUAGCAGUGCGACAUUCUAUUUUCCAUUCUUGAUUGACACUUCGAAAGACGGCAUAACUCGAAUACAGCUAUCACCAGGAAUCCCAACAUUCAGGGGUGCAGCUACCAGACCGCGAUCUGUCCACGGCAGUUCACCAGGAUUGGCUAUGGCAUCUCUUGUCUCAGUGACGUUGUCUCCGCAACAAGAUGGUAGUCUCAUAGAAUCUUGCGCUGCCCAGUCUAAGGUAACAGGACUAAUCUCCUGGAGCCAACGUCAUAUUACAGUCGGGCAUGAAAGUGAUAACUUACCAAUGCCUGAUGGUGCUGCGUUCCACUGCCAGAAUGGAACGCUGUACCUCUUUCGAACACGUCGGUCCCAGCGUCAGGAUGCUAUCUGGGACACCACAGCUUAUUCAUCCGAACUUCUGCAGCCAUCCCGUGCAUCCAGCUCUUCACAUCAUCAAGGCUUGGGUAUUGGACGCGCUCGUUCUCCGUCUCCUGCUCAAUCCACAUUCUCACGCCUUCAACCCUCGAAAUCGCGUAUAGUUUCGGGUGUUACCACAGAACAGGCGGAGGCACCCAAAACGUAUGUGGAUUAUGACGAUGAACCCGAUAAGCUUAAAGAUCUCUUGAAGGGCAAGAGUCGAAAGGACAGAAGUCCAAUGGAAUCGCGUUCGCCCAUCGUAGAAAGCACCGCUGGUGCUUCUGACACCACUCCGCCCACUCCUCGAAGCAAGUUGUCAAUCAAACAUCGGACCCUGCUUUCAGCUACUCUGUCUCCCGCAUCAUCCGCUGGCUCUUUGUCUUCUCCCGACUCUCCCGUGCUUCUCCCCUCCUUGCAUCAUCCAGACGAACUGAAUCAUAAUUUUUGGGCGUUGAUCUGUCACGUCUUCCCUCCACAGUCCGGUGUGGGCCAAAGUAUCUCGGACAUGAAAGUGAUCGGCGAUGGUCGGUACUUGAUAUGUCUCCGUCAGUGUGGGCGGAUCGAAGUUCUAUCAACAGCAGACGGCUGGUGUAUAAGUUCUAUCGAUUUAGGCUAUGUCACGAAUUUAGAGUCCUCUACCACCACGUCUUCAUCGUGGAUAUGGAAGUCUCUUGUAGUAGUUUCAUCGGAGGCUUCAUGUGUUGUCGUUGCCACCGCCGCUCUAGAACCGUCAGCUUCCUCACUAGCUACAGAACCUGCGGACAAUGAAGAUGAGGAUCAGUGUCGAAUAGCUGUAUUGCAAUGCCGUGUUCCACAUGAGGCACAUUGCGACGACGUCCUUUUGGACAAGACUGCGGAACUGACUGUUAGCACACGACCGGAGGCAGUCAUGUUACACCAAACUAAUGCUGGCCAACUGGAGCUGAUUUAUGUCUCAUCCGGCAAUCGCCUAGUGAAGCGAUAUUUCACUGAGCCGGAAAUACAACAAUCGCAUGCCACCGAGGCGGCGAAGACAUCUUCCAAUGUUCAUUUGCCUGUUCCGAAUCCCUUCAAAUCCUUGAUGUCAACGUCCACGGAGAACCUUGCCGCUCAAUCACUUGAUUGCAACGAAGGGGCAUCUUUUGGGGAGGAGACUGACAUCUCAAGUCUCCCGCUGGAUGGCUCUGUACAGGGCAUUCGCAUGCAGACAACGGCACGAGGAUACCGUGCGCUCGUGUGGUCUCACACGCAGAUUCUGGGGUUUGAAUGUAGUGGAGAAGACUUCCAGAACCUUUUCAUUCAGCCUAUGAAUGAUAUACGCGACAUCCAGUGGAACCGCACCAAUACGUUUACUAUAGUUCUCAAGGAUCAUGCAGAAAUCUACAGGCUCAUCAACGUGGAUUCAGAUAAUGACCUCGUCUCUGUCGAUUCAUCAGACCCUAAGAAGCACAACGUCCAACCUUAUCUCAUGCAUUCCUCUACUCUGUUACCUUCGGACGCUUACACGAUCACGCCCGCCGGGCAUGUCCUAUCAACGCGAGUCAAACGCGGUCGCCGUAGGCUGGAGUACACCAGCCUGGAUGAUUCAGCUGGAAGCGCAUUAUCAUACACGUUAUGGAGCGCCCGCGAUAUAAAGAAGAACAAGGACGGUGUUGCCCGUAUUACGACUACGCUACCUUUUGAACUGGAGAAUCUCAUCCUGGGAUACAGCGAUGGACACAUCCGUCGUUCGUCUUUACAAGAUGUAACACGCGAUGCUGACGAAGGUAACCCCAAGAACAUCUCUGACUUGCCCCUACCCGGAGAUGUUCUCAGCAUACAUCUUGCGGUGAAUGGGAGAACUGGAGAAAGACUUCUCAUUGGAGGAGCCGAUGAUGGUGGUAUUGCUAUCUGGGACCUGGAAUCACUCCGGUUACUCGCUCGCUGGACGGUAUUUAUCAAUCCGCUCUCGAGAGUCCUUGUCCUACAAACUGCAAGUUGGCUGAGAGGCUGUGUAUUUUGUAUAUCACAAGAUGGCACUAUUGCAGUGAUUGCACUGGACGAAUAUCAAUUUCUCUAUCUCAUCCCUCCCUCCACUUCGCCGCUGACCAAGGUAUGCCUGAACGAAAGUGAACUGUUGCUCUACUAUGCGGAUGGUCGCGCUAGACUUUGGGACACGAAGACUCGGGAGUUCUGGAGAUCCUUGACUGCACCAAAGGCAGAUGAAUUGGUUCUCGCAGGAGAGUGGUCCGAGUGGUCUAUAUUGAAUGGACCUUUUUCACAGAAAAGGUUCAUAUCGGCGUUACCGAAUUCCUGCCGGACAGCGGACGGAGAAUCCACUCUACUACUUGAUAUGGAGAUGUACCUUGUAGAACUAGGACUGAACUCCGUCCCGCCCGGAACUAAGGCCACUGGGGCGAGCACAAUCAACAUCUUGUCACCGAAAUUGGACGAUCUUCGGACCAUUCUGUCGGUACUGUUGACAUCUGGUCUAGAUGGUCACAUCGAUCGCCUAUGCACCGAGACACUCGGCGUCCCUAGGACAUCGGUUCCCAUAGGCUUGUCAAUUCGGAACGUCACUGCAAUCUAUGCAGAUACCGAUCCCAAGAGUGUUUGGAGCAUCUCUCCAGAGCUUUCUGCUUUUCGGGCGUCGACUAUUGUUGCUUUGUUACAGACCCUGUUACAAUGUGAAGGCGCACCGUCAGACCUGGAAACCAUCGUAGCUUUCUACACAGUUGCUUUAGGCCAACUUAUUGGCGAAUCAUACCAGGCUCCUAGCUUGCCUCUUCUGGCUCGCAUAUGGCUUGAGACACCAGCAAACGCUUUGCGCUAUGCCGCUCAUCUUCUGUUCGAAGCUGGCAUUGCGCGCUUAGCUGAUGCAGAUGUUAUCAAAUUGAUAGACAGCUGGCAUUCGGAUUUACCUUCACAGCAGCCGGAGCCUCGGAACCAGAGGUUGCGUAAUGCCAUAGCUUUGUUCAUUUGUGGUCAUGUAGCCGUGAGCAGAUACGCUUUGCUGUCGACAAGUCACCUUACGGAUAUCGCAAAAUCAGUCGCUCUGUACCUUCACGAUGAGACUUCGCCUUACCGUGCGCUUGGUAUCGACAUAGGAUCCCGUGGGUUUGCAAUUUGGCAGCAAUACGUUGAUGUCGUCCAGAUGCUACGCGCACUCUUUACCCUAGCGACAUCCUCUCGGAAAGAAACACCUUCGGUACAUAAUGUGGGCCAACUAGCGCGGUCCGCAGUUUUGCAGCUAGCAUCAACCAAUACUCCGUUGUUCAUGACUACAUUGUCUAUGGACAUCCUGCAUCCUCGUAACGUUCAACAUCGCAAGUCCAUCAUGGAACUGGUCAUAUUUCUUAUCAGAAAGAAACCGCUUGUUCUCUAUAGCAAUCUUCCACGCCUUGUCGAAGCUGUGGUCAAGUCUCUGGAUCCAAAUUCCACCGCAAGUCGAGAGGCGGUCCUAGAUUCUGCAACUGAAAUUCUCGGUCAUGUGGUGCGAAGUUUCCCCACUGUCGAUUUCCACAUGGGAAGUCAACGCUUGGCCGUAGGGACCAGCGAAGGUGCAGUUAUCAUGUAUGAUUUAAAAACGGCAACCCGACUCUAUGUCCUCGAGGGACACAAGAAACGAACCACCGCAUGCAGUUUCUCACCUGAUGGCCGACGCCUUGUCACUAUGUCUCUAGAGGAAUGUGUCGUACUUGUUUGGAAAGUCGGUUCAAGCUUCAGUAGCUUAUUCAAUCCUGGAGCUCCUCCCAGACAAGGUCAUGGCGGUUCAGAACCUUUCAAGACUCUCAGUUUCGCGGUUGAUAAAGAUGCACGUAUGUCUAUAUUGGAGACAUUUGAUUUGGUGCGGUUCGAGUGGACGGCGGAGAGGAGCGUCAAACUUCACAUCAGACACACGGUCUUUACGUUCAGUACGUGAGGCCGCUUUGUUUGUCUGGUCUAUAAUGUUUGUCAGAAGCACCAUCAAUCGCACCAUAUCGGGUACGUCUCUGGACUGAUAGCAUCCAGGCCGAGCACCGACAAAUUUCACCAAAGUGACCAAGCCAAAAUCGUUCUGGGAAAUCAAACAAAAAUAUGGUAUUUAAGGUCUUCCUAUCAAGUUGUAAUGUAUGACUCUACCUCUGCGGAUGAAUUGCUCUGGCACGGUCACAUCUCCAGUAUCCAUUUGCGACAGGACGGUGCCCAUCAACUACAUACAUGAAGUAGUUGUGCCUUCAUGGGAAUGGGGCGGAUCAAGGUACGAAUACUAUUCCGAUGCGAAGUAGGGCAGAUGAAUAUGUUGAGGGCGUCCUAAUCAUGGAAGCUAUUGUAGGCUCUUGAUGAUGGUAUAAAAUGACUCGCAAAAGUAUCAUUGAAGGGCAGCGAAUUACGGGACUAUUUUCUCUUUAAACAUAACUAUUGUCUUCCAUGUGCAUAGGUGCUGCGCGAUGAUUCAGCCUCUAGAUGCAUAAAGAGCUGUCACUCCGAGCUGCGGUAUGUCGAGCUCCCACCGGC